AUGGCUGAUAAUAAAAGAGAAGAGUACAUUUACAUGGCAAAACUAUCUGAGUAAACAGAAAGGUUUGACGAAAUGGUAGAGUAUACUAAAAAGUUAGUUGGGUUAUCAAGAGAAUUAAAAGAUGAAGAAAGAAAUCUUUUAUCUAUUGCUUAUAAAAAUUAUGUUUCGUAAAGAAGGACUGCGUGGAGAGCAAUUACAGCUUACGAAACAAAGGAAAAGAAUAAAAAUACCUUGGGUAAAUAUGCAGAAACAAUUAGAUAUUAUAAAAAAAAUAUUGAAGAAGAAAUGGAGAAAAGUUGCAAUGAAAUUAUUUAAAUCCUUGAUGAAACACUCAUCAAAAAUUCUAAUCAAGACGCUAAAAUUUUCUACUUAAAAAUGAGGGGGGAUUAUUACAGAUAUUUAUGCGAGUUUAGCUCACCCGAUCAAUUAGAAACAUACACAUCUGAAGCCAUUCAAUCCUACGAAGAAGCCAACCAAUUAUUGGAUUAAAAAAAUGCAAGAAAAGAUGAUGCCUUACGUCUAGGUAUUGCACUCAACUAUUCUGUCCUUUACUAUGAAAUCAAGGAUGAUAUAGUUAAGGCAUGUGAAAUAGCCAGAAAAGCUUUCCAAGAAGCCCUUAAUGACCUUGAAGAUUUGGAAGAAGAAAGGUAUAAAGAUUCGACAACAAUUAUGUAGCUUAUUAGAGACAAUCUCACAGUUUGGUAAAAUGAACUCCCAGAGGGGUAAGACAGAAACAAGUGA